AUGACUAAAGGGCAAGACAAUGGGCAACACCCCAAAGCUCCCAAACCCGAACCCCCACAAAAAACAAAUAUCGCUGUGCCUCUGCCUGUCCAGGGCCCCUGUAUAACUGGCGCCUCAAAAUACCCACCAUCAUCCCCACCACAACCCCAUCUUCAACCCCAACCACAGCCUAAACCCACACAUCCCCCCCAAAAACCCUUCUAUCACAAGGCUAGGCCGAAUUACAAGGUGGCAGAUUGGAACAUUGAGGGACACACACCAACACUCAUCAUAGGAGACUCAAACCUCAACCGGAUCCCACCAUUCAAUAACCCCAACAUCCAGGUAGACAGUUACCCAGGGGCAACAUUCUAUCAUUUCACAAAGAUACUGGAGAAAACCCCCAUACAUACAGACACAGCGACUGUUGUUAUCUCGGUGGGCCUGAACAACAAGGACCACGACCCAUUCCAAACAUCACUGAAACAGUUGUCAGACCACCGACCCCCUACACCAACGGAGAUCACAACAAGUCCACCGACCCCCUACACCAACCGAGACCACAACAAGACCACCGACCCCCUACACCAACCGAGACAACAACAAGACCACCGACCCCCUACACCAACCGAGACCACAACAAGACCACCGACCCCCUACACCAACCGAGACAACAACAAGACCACCGACCCCCUACACCAACGGAGACCACAACAAGACCACCGACCCCCUACACCAACCGAGACCACAACAAGACCACCGACCCCCUACACCAACCGAGACAACAACAAGACCACCGACCCCCUACACCAACCGAGACCACAACAAGACCACCGACCCCCUACACCAACGGAGACCACAACAAGACCACCGACCCCCUACACCAACCGAGACCACAACAAGACCACCGACCCCCUACACCAACGGAGAACACAACAAGAUCACCGACCCCCUACACCAACCGAGACAACAACAAGACCACUGACCCCCUACACCAACCGAGACCACAACAAGACCACCGACCCCCUACACCAACGGAGACCACAACAAGAUCACCGACCCCCUACACCAACGGAGAACACAACAAGAUCACCGACCCCCUACACCAACCGAGACCACAACAAGACCAACGACCCCCUACACCAACCGAGACCACAACAAGAUCACCGACCCCCUACACCAACCGAGACAACAACAAGACCACCGACCCCCUACACCAACCGAGACCACAACAAGACCACCGACCCCCUACACCAACGGAGAACACAACAAGAUCACCGACCCCCUACACCAACCGAGACCACAACAAGACCACCGACCCCCUACACCAACCGAGACCACAACAAGAUCACCGACCCCCUACACCAACCGAGACAACAACAAGACCACCGACCCCCUACACCAACCGAGACCACAACAAGACCACCGACCCCCUACACCAACGGAGAACACAACAAGAUCACCGACCCCCUACACCAACCGAGACAACAACAAGACCACCGACCCCCUACACCAACCGAGACCACAACAAGACCACCGACCCCCUACACCAACCGAGACCACAACAAGACCACCGACCCCCUACACCAACCGAGACCACAACAAGAUCACCGACCCCCUACACCAACCGAGACAACAACAAGACCACCGACCCCCUACACCAACGGAGAACACAACAAGAUCACCGACCCCCUACACCAACCGAGACCACAACAAGAUCACCGACCCCCUACACCAACCGAGACCACAACAAGAUCACCGACCCCCUACACCAACGGAGAACACAACAAGAUCACCGACCCCCUACACCAACCGAGACCACAACAAGACCACCGACCCCCUACACCAACCGAGACCACAACAAGAUCACCGACCCCCUACACCAACCGAGACCACAACAAGAUCACCGACCCCCUACACCAACCGAGACCACAGCAAGACACCCACCUCACCUACACUCCACCAACACAUAGGAAACACAACCACCUAUUAAUAAAUACCCCCACAUUUGACCACCACAGUAUUUGGAACGAUUACUUUGGCACCUGGAUGGUUGACUGA